AUGGGGGAAAAGAAGUCUUUGAUGAAGAAGAAGAAAAAAAGGAAGAUGAAGGCAUCUCCAAAUUCUCUUAAAUUAGCCGGUCAAUUAGUGAAAUAUGACCCUAAUUUCAUUAGGAAAGAUUAUGACGAUUUGAAGAUUUGCCAGAAUUUGGGUGCGAUUUGGGGCAUGCAACCCAUAAAUCUGUUGAAUCGAUGCAAAAUACCCCUAGUGAAGCUUUGGGAUUACUAUGUUCCUUUGGGUGAUCAUUAUAGUACCCGUAUUAGUGUGCAUACAAACUGCAGUAUAGUGAAACAUUUGAAAGAUAAUUUGGAUGAUCAGCAGAUUGAGAUGUUUAGAAGAACAUGUUUUGGUUAUUUUGUGGACUUGCCCGAAUUUUUUAUACAGAACCAACUUAUCCAUUCACUAUUGCUUAGGGAAGUAGUGUCACCUAAAGAUAAUGAGUUAUGGAUUAAAGUGAAUAGCACCAAGUUGCGCUUUGGACUUGCAGAGUUUUGUAUUAUCACAGGUUUAAAGUGUAAUGGUGAUCCCGAUAAGGAUUAUGAAUCUGUGCAGUCGAGUCGGUUAAUGGAAUUGUACUUUCCAAGCAUGUCGAAAGUGUCUAAGAAAUUGUUAACUGACUGUUUCUUAAAAAAGAUGUGGAAAUCUGAUGAGGAUGCAUUAAAGAUUGCAGUAUUGUAUUUCAUUCACAGUUUCCUGUUUUCUAUUACGAAUGAUGAUUUGAUUACAAAGAAUGAUUUUCUGUUGGUUGAAUCUGGUGAUUUUGAGACUUUCCCUUGGGGAAAAGUGGUUUUUAAUGCUACGUUGGAGUCAAUGAAGGAUAAGGUUCGUAGCAAGAGAGAGAUGUACCGAUAUGGUGGUUUGCCUUUGGCAUUCCAGUGUUGGUUUUAUGAAUGCUGCCCCUACAGUCGCAAAAACCUCGCUUACCGGAUUGGAGAGCUUGUUCCACGCAUACUUAACUGGCAAGUAAAGAAGAAGGUGACGUUUAAGAGGUUGAGGAAAGAGUUUUUUGUUUUAAGUCAAGAUCAGUUGGUAUUUGGCAACAUUUCCCCAACAAAUGAUGAACAAACAAGGCUUCAAUUGCAUGACUUUGUUCCGGUUUGUGAAGAUAAAAAUGAGAUUCAUAUUGAAUCUGGAGUCGUGGCUGAAGUUAAAACAAAUGCUAAGAAGCACUCCAAAAAUAAGCCGAAAUCACAAUCUAUCAACAAUGAGAAUCCGGAUCCACUGCCCAGUAACUUGAAUUCAAGCGAGACAGAGCUGAAACUUCUGAGAAGUGAAAUCAAGAAGGUAAACGACAAGGUUUCAUCUUUGGAGAACUUAAUGAUUUCCUCAUUCGAAAAGGUUUUUAAAGCUCUAGGUGAACGCGAUGCUUCAAAGGGUAAUCGAAAAGAUGACGACCAUCAUGAUAAGAACGUUUCAGAGAAUAACUUUGGUAGUGAGGAAGUUAUGGAGAAAAAUAUUGGCAUUGAAGAAGUUGUAAAGAAAAAUGUUGACAAUGAGGUAAGUCUAGAGCAAACUGUUGAUGUUAUGGAGGGUGUGGUGAAGGAUUCUAUACAAGAUGGUAAAAGUAGUGAAGGAGUUGGUGAUGACGAAGCCUGGAUUGAGGAUGCCGAGCCUGAAAUCACUGCAAUCACCCAGCAGUUUUGUGACAAAAAUACUGCUAAUAUGGGGAGUUUGGUGGAUGAUUCUGUACAACUUGGUAAAAAUAGUUGUGAGGAAGUUGGUGAGGACAAUAGCUGGAGUAGUGAUGCUGAGGCUCAAAUAACUGCAAUCACCCAAAAGUAUUUCAAUCAAAAUAUUGAACAUGGUGAUUUAGGAGUGGAGAAAAAUAUUGCUACUAUGCAGGAAGAUCGUAUAGUUGUUGAUCAUGACACACCUGAAAUGAACCCUAGAGAAAGGAAACCAGCAGGGGUCAUGAAGUCACCAUUCAUGAACACAUUUGACUCUGGUGGCACCAUCCAAGUUGUUGAAAAUAAGCCAACUAAGUCAAAGAAGCCCAUCUUGACUAUUAAGUAUCCUUUUCAGGGAAAUAUUGACAAUCCUGUUGAUUUCAAAGUAUUGGACGGUGUUUAUACAGAGGCUAGCAAUAAGCUAAAGAAAAUCUUUGAAUUUGGAGUUGAUGAUAUUGGAGAAAAAAAAUGGUUCUUCACAUUUGCAUAUCCCGGCCUACCCUUGUGUGAUUCACAUAUUGAUGUAAUUUUUUACUAUUUGAGAAAGAAAGGGAAGUACGGUGUUGAUGUUCCAGUAAGAUUCACAACUACUGACUGUUGGUUUAACUGCUUGAUUUCGAAUUUGUACAAGGAGUUUUUGGAGAAAAACAGAGACAUGAAUUUGAUUACUGAAACAGAUCCAAUUGCUGAGUAUAUACUUGGGUAUUUUUUAAGAUGUAAUGUUCCUUGGUCUACUGUUGAUGAAGUCCUUUUCCCUAUAAAUCUGUCUGAUAAGUGGCACUGGAUAUUGGCGAGAUUGUCAUUCAAAGAUCUGCGCAUUUAUGUAUAUGAUUCCAUGAGUGGCGCGCGACAGAAUAGUGCAGUUCGGAGGUCAGUUGAGCGAUACUCAGUGUUGCUCCCAUAUUUCCUUCAUCGUAUUGGUUUUUGGGACACAAAGGAGAAUCCUAUGGGAAUCCCCGCCAAUGAUCCUUUUGAGAUUCAUGUCGUUGAUGGGUUGCCAACGCAAGAUAACACUGAUUGUGGUGUUUAUGUUGCUGCAUUUGCUGAGUACAUCAUUCAAGGUAGCAGUAUUCCUAAAGCUAUUGAUAUUGAUGGGAUACGAAACCGAUAUGGUAUAUUGCUAUGGGAUUAUGGAGUGAAGAAACAAAGAGGACAUGCAGCUAGUGAUGAUGAGUCUACAGGUAGAUUGAAGGAUCAGACAAAAAAGGAUAAAAAGAAAAAGAGCAAGUCGCAUUCCGUUGUUGAUGACAAGUCUUUGAAGGAUAACAAGAAAAAGGGCAAGACGCAUGCCGUUUGUGAUGACAAGACUUUGAAGGAUAUCAAGAAAAAUAGCAAGUUGCAUGAUGUUGGUGAUGACGAGACUUUGAAGGAUAUCAAGAAAAAGGCUUUUGCAUUUUCGACAGAUUUUGCAAAUUUAGCUGGUGUUGCUAAGUUGCUACAGGAAGUUUUGUGA